CGCGACAUGGCAACACCCCCAGCAAUCGCAUCACGCUUGUGCUUGCCAAACAUGGCGCGGAUGUCAAACUGUGCCUGAGUCAAGAAGCAUACCCCACCCUGUCUUGGAUCGUUCUUACUGACCGUCGUGUUGCUCACUCUCAGCUGCAGAAAAGGGCGGCGCCCCUCGAAUACUCGCCUCACGCCCAACUCUUCUAGAAAUAUUCUCUCGCUAGGCAGCAGGGUGGAGUGCAGUGCCUCCAGAGGCAGAUACUAUCCGAUAUAAAACGACUUACCUGUCCGCUACCUCAACCUGUCAUCUCCACAACAAGCGAGUGACCGAAAACCAUGGAAGUCGAUGCUGCUUCUUUCUCGCAUCGCCUACUCGGCCUGCUAGUCAGCAUCUCUGAAGCCGACUUUGUGUCUUUCGACCUUGAGCUGUCUGGCAUUCCUUCACACCUCCCCGGUAGGAAAAAGGCCGGCCGGGACAGGAAAACGCUUGAAGACCGCUACGAGGAAACAAAAGAAGCAGCAGAGCGCUAUCAGAUCCUUCAGGUGGGUAUCACGUGUGCUAGAUUCGACUACCUCGCCAACAAGUACAUUCUCCGCCCCUACAAUAUCACCAUCAGUUCUCUGCUCGACGCACGGCUGGACAUUGAACGCGACAUCUGUAUUCAGAGUGGAGCGGCCACCUUCCUCUUGAACAAUGGCUUCGACCUGGGCUUGCCGUUCUCUAAGGGCGUGCAGUACCUAUCACGGGAAGAAGCGGCAAGAGCAAAGCAAAUGGCGUACGACCGCCUGGACAAGAAGAACGCCAUUGAGGAUCUGCAGCUCAAGGACGAAGACGUUGACUCGCUCGACUUUGUGAGACGCGCCCGGGAAGCUAUCACGAAAUGGAAAGCCAGCAGCGUGCACUCACUGGAUAUUACAACGCACACAGGAUUGCCAGAACAACCCCUCAUCCCCGCCAUUUCCCGCUUCGAGAAACGACUCGUGCACCAGCUCGUCCGCGCGGAGUUCCCGGACCUUGUUUCUAUUGGGAGAUCCGAAUGCAUCCGGAUCAUCGACUUUGACCCCUUGCGAGAAGCGGACAACACGAGGAGGCUCAAGAACAGGGUGAAGGAGCAGAUCGCGAAGCAGACUGGGUUCCGAUGGGUCUUCGAGGCCCUCGCGAAGGGCGACAUACAGCAAGCCGAUCCCUUCCACUACCCCCAGGGCACGAGUGGCUACAUAAUUGCCGCCGACACGCACGAUGUGAAGGAUCGCUUCGAUCGCACUUUUGAGCGCCUAAAGAAGCAUCAGCCUGUUCUGGUGGGCCACAACAUGUUCACUGAUCUAGUGUACUUCUACCGGACUUUCGUUGGCGAGCUUCCAGAUACUUUGGAUGACUUCUGCAGGGAACUUCACAAGCUCUUCCCCAAGAUUGUAGAUACAAAGUACCUCGCGACCCAUGCCGAAGGAGAUCUCAACGCGUCGCCGACACUACAAGAGAUCGCUGAGAGGUUGGAAAAGCAGUCGCUUCCUGACAUUGUCACCCACGCCGACCACCCGAAAUACCAUAACAAGCAAGCUUUCCAUGAAGCCGGGUACGAUAGCCUCCUCACCGCAACCAUCAUGCUCCGCCUAUCCGCAAAGAUAGAUGCAGAACGCCAAGGGAAGGACAUUCUACCCGCAAAGUUAAAUGCAGAGCGUCAAGAGAAAGACACCCUCGCGGCAGCUACGGAUACCCAAUCCGAGAAGAGCUUCAAGUCCGCUCUAGAGGAUCAAGUCAUGAUGGAGGAUGGACGCGAGAAGGUCGACGAGCCUAUUCCUCCUCCUCCAAUAGAUGACCCCAACCAACCCUCACCGCAAUCGCCUCCCCAGAAGAAAAAGAAACGAAACAAAGGCAAGAAGAACAAACCCAACACCGCCAAACAGCCAUCGGAACGCCGCUUCGAAACCCGCAACAUGUUCGACAGCCUCCGUGAACUGCGCCUAAACCCGGACACCGACGACCCAGCGCCCUCCUCUCCCUCGUCUGAGGAGAACCAACCCGCAGAGGCUACCGAGAAAGCUGAAUGGACCCCUCCGUCCUCCUCCUGGCAGGACGAACCCUUCGUCCAGGACACGUCUGCCUGGGUGCCCAUUGAGACGGUGCAGCGCAAGCCCAUGGAGAUGAUACCGCCGUUUGACUCGGGGUUCUGGACGGAGUUUGGGAAUACGCUGAGGGUGUUUGGGACGAGGGAGGCGGUGCUUAAGGUCGCGAAGUGGAUCUGAUGGCGUAGCGUGUUCGUGCAUGCAAUCCUGGAAAGACUUUCGGUAGGUAGCUGGACUCCGUUUGUGUACCUAGCUAGUCUAGCCGCUAAUAACAUUUCCGAGC